CUGGCCACUCAUUUUUAUAUUCAUUCAUAUAUAUUAUUUUAUUUUCUCUUCUCAUUUUCAUCUCCCUUCCAUUUUCUCAAGAACUUCAAGAGAGAAUCAAUUCCUCAUCAUUGGAAUUGUUUACUCUUUCAAUUCCUACCUUCUCAUUGAUUUCAACAAACAAAAUAUUUUUCUUUUUUUUUUUUUCUUUCUUUCUUAUUGGUUAAGGUUAUGCUGAAAAAUUGGUAUAGACCCAUCAAUAUUUUCAGCCACAUUUUGCUGUAAAGAUCUUUGCUUUGAGGUUUUGUAAAUUAAAUUUUUGUUAGGUUGGAUUUGUUUUUCCUACUAAAGUUAUUGAUUCUUCUGAUAAAAAAAAAGUGUUCAGUUUUUUGUUUUUUUUCUCUCUCUCUCUCUCUCUCUUUGAACCUCAAAAUCUUGUUUUUUUCUCUCUCUUGUAAUUGUGGACUUGUGGAAUGCUGGGGUCAGAGGUUUCUGUAACAUGUUCUAGCAGCCUUUUGGUGAAUUGGGUCGGUGAAUUUUCUGUCAAGUUUUGUAUAGAAUCAGUUUCCACAGAGAUCUAACCCUCUUUCUCUCUCUCUGACUCUUUCUCUCUCUAAAUAGUUCAUAGUUCAUACCACUUUUGUUGCAUAGUUGUGAAAGUGAAAGAAGAUGUUGAGGAUGAGGAAUAAUCAUAAUCAUGGUAAUAAGACAAAUGGUGUUUCUUCACCUAUAAGCUCAGGUGGUUGCAGAGCUGAACCGGGUUCAAAUGAAUGGGAGAUGAGGCCAGGUGGAAUGUUGGUUCAAACAAGAACCACUGAUUCAAAUCGUAACCCUGCUUUGGUUCCUACAAUUAGAGUUAGGGUCAAGUUUGGUUCAAUUUAUCAUGAACUCAAUAUUAGUUCACAAGCCACAUUUGGGGAUUUGAAGAAAAUGUUGUCAGGACCAACUGGUUUACAUCAUCAAGAUCAAAAGUUGUUUUACAAAGACAAAGAGAGGGAUUCUAAGGCUUUUCUUGAUGUAGUUGGUGUAAAGGACAAAUCUAAACUAGUUCUUGUGGAAGAUCCUAUUAGUCAAGAGAAAAGGAUUUUGGAAUUGAGGAAGAAUGCUAAGAUGGAGAAAGCUGCAAAAUCUAUCUCACAAAUUAGCUUGGAAGUAGAUAGGCUUGCCGGACGGGUAUCUGCUUUUGAAUCAAUAAUUAGCAAAGGUGGGAAAGUUGUAGAAUCAGAUAUGCUUGGUCUUAUUGAGCUAUUGAUGAAUCAAUUGCUUAAAUUGGAUGGUAUAAUUGCUGAUGGUGAUGUCAAAUUGCAAAGGAAAAUGCAGGUAAGGAGAGUUCAAAAGUAUGUUGAAACAUUGGAUAUGCUAAAAGCUAAGAAUUCUAUGACAAAUAGCAAUGAUGUUAAUGCUCAAGUGCAACCUCAACAAAAGCAUUCAAAUGGGAAAAGAUUGGAAACAAUUCAAGAACAACCACAACAAAUUCAUUCAAAUGGAUAUCAUGGGUCAAUAGUACCAAUUCAAGAACAACAACAAGAACAACCUAGAAAAAACCCAAAUGAGCUUUCACUUGUAUUUCAGGAACAACAACAACACCAACCCUCAGGAGUUGUAGUUACUACAAAAUGGGAGACAUUUGAUUCUACCCCACCAUUAAUCACAUUUCCAUCUACAUCCACAACUACUCCUUCAAUGACCAAUAAUAAUUCAGGUCCUCCUAAGUUCAGUUGGGAAUUCUUUGAGUGAUAAAUUACCAUGCCACAUGUAUAAAAUUGUGUGGAUGUGAUGAUUUGGGUUUGUAUUCCACUUGGAGUGUUAUAUGUUUUACAUUCUUUUGUGUAUUUAGAUUUGUUUAGUAACCCCUAUAAUAUGUCAUUUAAAUGAAAAAUAAAUGGGGUUGCUAUGAUAGUGAGUAUCAUAAAAAAGUUACUUUUAUGUGAUUAUUAUGGUGUCUUCCGAAUUCAUCUACCAAAUGUUUGGGCAUAUUUUUGAUGAUAUAUAAAAUUGUGUGUAUCUGUAGCUUUGAAUUAUCA